UAUAUUUAUUUUAAUUGGUUUAAUAUUUUUAACGGACAGUAAUAAUGGUGUUAACGGGUAUUUAGAUCUGGAAUCUAACCGUCAAAUACCUAUACGAUUGGGCAACGAGUGUGACCUACGGGUUAGCAAUGAUCACGAGUUCGAGACCUGCAAACGUCGGGCACAAACCGAUUGGCUUACCUAUGAUAUGACACAACGACACAAAUACGAGUGUUGUUUUGAAUGGGAUCUAAUGGACUGUCAGGAUAAGUCCAUAUACGCACUGUGCGAUCGUUGGCAGUACGACAACGACUACAAACCCUAUUGGAAACGCCAACGCGAAUACAUCGACAGCCAAGAGGAACACCAGUGCCGCGAAUAUCGAUAUAACGGUGCAAAAUGUCGGUUCCCUGUCUGGGGUAUCGUAUUGCUGGUGUUGGCCGCUGUACUGGUUGUAGUAGUCAUGAUUGCUGUCUGCUAUUAUGUACGGCUGAGGAGUCGCCGACAAAAACAAAGAAAUCAAAUGAUUGAAGAAUAAUGAAAACUAUUGUUUAAUAUUGUUGUUGUU